UCCUGUCACUUACGUCAAACUUGUCAAAAUAAACCUCGAAAAUUUUUCAAUGUUUGUAUAACAAUAAUUAUCGUUCCAAGCCCGUGGAGAUAAGUUGCCAGUACUUCAGAGAAACCAACCGAAGUCACCCAUUCAAAAAAAACCUUUUGUGUGUUUAUGUCAACCUUAUGGCAACCUCAUGAAAACGAAGAAAAACCCCUAAAAUGGCAACAGCAGAAGUGAACUGGCGCGAAAACAUCCUCAGCAAGCUCCAAGAACGAAACCGGUUUCAAACAGACUGCUUCCAAGACCUCAUAGCACAGCACAACAAGAUUUUCGACGCCGUCAAUGCCCUAAAACACGAAAACUUGCAACUGUCGAUACAGAACGAGAAGCUACGUCUCGACGGUGACCGCGCCGGGGGCGGCGAUAGCCGCCUCCACGAGAAAAUACAAUGCCUUGAACAAAAGCUGCUAACCCAGCAGGAAGAACUCACGGAGUUGCACCGCCGCAAAGGCGAAAACUCGCAGCAAAUAAUCGACCUGAACGCGAAACUCCAGGAGAAGGAGAAGCUUAUAGUCAUGAAAGAUAUUAGUCUGGCUGAGAACGCUGCCAAAAUCACGAGCCUCCAGGCCGAAAUCACCCUCUUCGACCGCAACAACAAGGAGUUGAAGCUGCUGAACGAGGCCCUUCGGGACGAACACCAAGCCCUUCAUUUAGCUUUCACCUGCCUCGAAGAUAAGUUACGGAAGUUGCAGGAUGAAAAUAGACAGUUGGUGGAGAGGUUGAUGAAUUAUAAGACGAAGGACGCGGAUAGGAUGAAUGAGGAGAACGAAAAUUUUCUCAACGAAGACACCAAGCACUUUUCUUCAGUGCGCCACACUUUCAGCCUAUUCAGAAAACGCUUCGCCAAAAUGCAGAAGGAAAUCGAGGAGGCGUGUAGAGACACGCGGGGGGUGUCACCAGAAGACUUGCAAGAGGGUUACGGACCUUCGUGCCAAUCGACCAUCCCGACGAAGGCCUGCGUGAAAUUCGAUGCCCACGACGGCGAAGUCAACGCUGUCAAGUGGAGUCCACUGGACAGAUUAGUGGCCACAGGAGGCGCCGACAGGAAAGUCAAAUUAUGGGAAAUUUCGAAAGGAACGUGCGAAAGCAAGGGAAUGCUAGUCGGGAGUAACGCCGGUGUGAUGGCCGUGGACUUCGACAGCACCGGGACCUUAAUUUUGGGCGCUUCCAACGACUACGCCAGCCGAGUGUGGACCGUGGCGGACCAGCGUUUAAGGCACACGCUCACCGGGCACUCUGGCAAGGUGAUGGCGGCCAAGUUUCUUGGCGAAGCGUCCAAAGUCGUCACCGGGAGUCACGAUCGUACCCUUAAGAUAUGGGAUCUCAGAAGCAGAGCCUGUAUAGAAACAAAGUUCGCCGGUUCCAGCUGCAACGACCUCGCCAUCGUGGACAGCUCCGGCUCCACGAUAAUCAGCGGCCAUUUCGACAAGAGCAUACGCUUCUGGGACACCCGUUCGGAAUCCAGUGCCAACAACAUCCUCUUCAACGGCAAAGUGACGUCCCUGGAUCUAACCCGAGACGGGAAAUACCUGAUAUGCUGCGUGAGGGACGACACGCUGAAGUUGCUGGACCUGAGGAUGAACCACGUUGUCAACUCUUUCAGCUCGGAUGGAUUCAAAGUAGGCUGUGAUUGGGCCAGGGUCACCUUCAGCCCGGACGGGCAGUAUCUGGCGGUGGGCUCGGCGGACGGCAGCGUCUACAUAUGGGGCGUGAGCUCUUCCAAGGUGGAAGGCGUCCUCAAGGAGCACUCAUCACAUGGCCUCUUCUCCAGGUCCGCGGUGACGGCGACUGGGUGGCAUCCGUACGGAACCAUGCUGGCCAGCGUAGACAGAUCCAAGAAAGCCGUCAUCUGGAGCGACAUCUAACUUAGAUAGCAUCACCUCACGAGAGGUUCUGUAAUGGUUCGGUUAUUAAAUUCUCAAGUUAAAUUUCUCUAGUCUUAAGAUAUACAUCACUGCUUUCCAUUUGGUUGAAUCGAAAGGCCGAAAGUGCGAUAAUAUUGAUAUAUUCCUCGUCUAAAUGUUGUUGUUACUAUAAUGUUGUAAGUUUUUUAUUGCGACCACUUAUAUAUUUUGUAAGGAAAUUUUCAAGAGGAACCCGACUUCCCUUGGGUACUUAUGUAUUGCAGUUUAUGAUUAUAAAGUUAAUUUUUU